AAUAAAUAGUAAACAACAAUAGUUUGAAAGGAAAAGGCUCGCCAAUCAAAAGGUGUCGGACUUAAUAAGCAAAGAAUUGGAAAGAAGUACACACACCAUGGUACAUUUCCUUGCAGAAUUUCCGGCACGGUCCAACUUUCUGGUUAUUGAGGAACACUUCUGUGGUUGCGUGCCUAAACAGGAAGGAAUUAAAAUAAGAACGUCAGAAAGUGAAGUAUGGAGCCAGCGUGAAAGCAAUAUCGUGAUGAUUUUUAAUUGAUUGUUUCCGCACGCACUUGAUGAAGGCGUGUCAACCAUAGAUUAGAGUAUAUAAGUCCCGCUUGAAGAAAGGGGUCCAUGCAAAGCAACAUUCGUGUUCAAGAUGAUGCUAAAAGUGUCCUUGCUGGUUUUUACUCUGCUUGUUCUUUCUCAAGCUGAAGACCCAAAGGGUGAUCGAGGAAAGAAGUCUCCAUCCGCCUGCUAUUGCCGUCCGGUUAUAAAUGUUUCUGUGGAUGACAAAGGUCAGUGCGACUUGUGCAAAGGAAACAACCAGCUGUUACAGGAGGUGAACGAUUUGAAGAAAGAACUCGCCGCGGUAAAGGAUCAGGUUCAACAUGCUUCAACAGGUCUUCCCCAAAGUUCUAAAAGUGCAUACGACCUUUAUUUCACGAAACGUGGCACAAGUGACUAUGUCAUCCACCAUGGCCUCCAAAUAACCGACGCUUUUACUGUGUGCUACCGAAUGCGAACAACAGAGAAGACAGUUAGCGAUGCUACGGUCCUGAGUUACAGCGCAGACCAAGUCUUCAAUGAACUCCUGAUCAAAAAUAUGGAUUCACUUCAAUUAUGGAUCAACGACGAGCUGUUGUAAGUUAUUACAAUUUAUCAAUUAAUUAAUUAAUAGAUAAUUAAUAGUUAAUCG